AUCACCGCACUCAAAACGAUCACACCCAGACCAAACUAAUCGAGCGAGAACGCGUCUCAGGCCUCUGAGUCGAGCACUGAUCACACCACUGAGCGAAAAUGGCGGAUGACAAGGAUCCUCUGAAACAGUUAAAAGAUCUGACGAAGCUCAAAAAUCAAUUGGAGGAAAUCCAGAGGAGAGUGGAGAACGAAGUGUCUGUGGGAAUCCCUCAGGGAGGCUCAGUGUUGGGAUCUCCGUUUCUGAAGGGCUUUCUGGCCGGCUAUGUGGUGGCCAAACUACGCUCCUCUGCCAUCCUGGGAGUGCUGCUGGGAACAAUCACUGGCAUGUACGCGGCACAGAACUAUCAGGUGCCCAACAUUGAAAGGACCGUGAAAGAGUACAUAAACAGCUCGAGAAAAGGACCAAAGUAAUUUGGGCUGACUGCUACUCUUACCGGUGAAAUAACGGGCACAAGAUAAAGAAACACUGUUUACGGCUGCUGGCUUGUCAGCGGCUGGUGACGGAUCGGCCUUCAAGAUUUGUGUGUAGACUGGACUAUGGAUAUAAUUAUAUAACUAGAAUUUCAAUUGGGACUCAAAGUAAAAGACUGGAUUUUUUUUAAAUUUGCAUUUUUGUUUUAGUUGAAUACUUCUCUGUUUCAUUUCCACUUGUAUCUGUUUGAUGUUCACACAAGAUGAAAGCCUUUGUGCCUACAA